AUGUCUGAUGGCAACAGAUUUUUGUUGACACGUUCUUUGUUUCUUAUCUUUCUUUCUCUCUUUCUUUCUCUCUUUCUCUCUCUCUCUUUCUUUCUCUCUCUUUCUCUCUCUUUCUCUUUUUUUUCAUUACUCUUUUCUUCUUCAAUUCUGCUUCAAUUUUUUUUACAUAUAUCUGUUUCUGUUUAUUUCCUUUCUUCUCUCUUUCCUUUCUUCUCUCUUUCCUUUCUUCUCUCUUUCCUUUCUUCUCUCUUUCCUUUCUUCUCUCUUUCCUUUCUUCUCUCUUUCCUUUUUCUUCUUCUCUUUCUCUUUCCUUUUCCUUCCUUUCUUCUCUUUUUUCUCUCUUCUCUCUUUUUUCCUUUCUUUUCUCUUCCUUUCUCUCUUCUUUUCUCUUUUUUCUCUCUUCUCUUUUUCUCUCUUCUCUUUUUCUCUCUUCUCUUUUUCCUUUCUUUCAUUCCUUCCUUUCUCUGUUACUUUUUGUUCCGUUAUUUCUUUCUCUGUUUCCUUUCUUUCCUUCCUCCCACCUUUCUUUCCCCUUCCUUUCUUCCCUUCCUUUCCUUCCCUUCCUUUCUUUCCCCUUCCUUUCUUUCCCCUUCCUUUCUUUCCCCUUCCUUUCUUCCCCUUCCUCUCUUCCUCUUCCUCUCUUCUUUGUUCCUUCCUUCUCUUUACUUCUUUCCUUCCUUCCUUCCUUCCUUCUACACUUCAUUAUCCCCUUCUUUUUCUUUAUUCUUCCCUUCUUUCCUUUAA